AACCAAUGUCCUUCGUAUCACAUAAAUCAUAAUAAUGACCACAUGGAACUCCAUUCUCAUAUUUUCAUCCAACCUCCAAUUUCCCUUCAUCCUAUCUAUAUAUGAACAAAAGAGAUAGAAGAAAUCUCUAUGGAGAGUAAAAAUUCAAAAGAGAUAAUUGAUAUAGAGAAACUUCCAGAUCAUGUGAUGAUAGAGAUAUUCAUAAGAACAGAAGUGAGUGAUUGGACACAAAUAUCAUGUGUGAAGAAGCAGUGGGCAUCUCUUUUUCGAACUGAAUGUUUUUGGCAAGCUGCUCUUUCUCACAUCUAUCCAUUCACCAAUCCUUCUCAAACUUGGCCUAGACCUAUUCCUCCAGGUUUAGUCAGAAAGAUAUUCAUGACCAUACAUAUAAAUCAACAAUUAUUUGAAAGAGCAGCUUCAUUUUUCUAUUAUACCUUUGGAAGCUCAUAGUGGAAUACUUCACGGAACCAUGAUUGGUGUGUGUGGGAUGCCCCACCUUCUUUAUUUUAGGCUUAAUUGCACUUUUGGACCCCUAUCUUUUCAAAAGUUGCGGUUAUGGACCCCUAACUAAUUUAAAUACAAAACA